AUGAAGGAUCGCAGGAAAUAUGAGGAUCCAUUAUGUUCACGAAUUACCUCGCAUUUCUUCAAAAUGCUCGUCAUGCUGUACAUGAUGCUCGGCGUUCAGAUUGCAUUAGAUUGCAUUUCUACAUUAGGAUACGAGGAAAUAUUCUCAAUUAGCUUUAUGGCCAACAUUAUUUCAGCAUUUGCUGUGACAUUAAUGACAACAGCGCAGAAUGUGUUCGUAUUUUUCGCCGCUACUCAGAAAUUCCUCAAGUUAUUUCCUGCGCUCAAGUUUUUCAUCUACGAAGAAAGUUCUCCGAUUAGUUUGUUGCUUCGCAGUGCCGACACGAGUGAAUGA